AUGUCGAUUUCAAAGAGAAUACAGAAAGAAACUAUGAAUCUUGCAAACGACCCAUCACCCGGUAUAAAUGCUGAGCCUGAUGAAGACAAUUAUAGAUACUUCAAAAUUAUUAUGAUGGGUCCUGAGGGUACACCUUAUGAGGGUGGCAAAUACAGACUUGAGUUGUUCCUACCAGAGCAUUACCCUAUGGAACCUCCCAAAGUUAGGUUUUUAACAAAAAUUUACCACCCGAAUAUUGACAAACUUGGAAGAAUUUGUCUGGACAUUUUGAAGGACAAAUGGAGCCCAGCUUUACAAAUUAGAACAGUAUUGUUGAGUAUUCAAGCUUUGCUAAGCUCUCCGGAGCCGAACGAUCCUUUAGAUACCAUGGUUGCCGACCAUUUCAAAAAUAACAUAUUAGAUGCAGAGUCAACUGCCAGAGAAUGGAACCGACUUUAUGCCAAAGGAUCAUGA